GGGCGGGGGGGGGUGUGAGGGCGGUACCACCCGGCGCCGGGGCGCAGGGUGGGAGGAAGCAAUGGCGCGGCGGCGGUGCGGGGUCCCGGCGCCCCGCCCGGGCUCCCCGGGGCCGUUGUCCCCGCAGCUCGGCGCCUCCCGGCCGGCGGAGCUGGAUCAGCGCCUCGCCGCGCUGGUGGAGGAGCUCACCACCUCGGGGGAGCCGCGGCUGCAGCCGGCGGGGAUGAAGGAGCUGAAGAAAAUCUGCAAGUCUUCAGAAGAACAUAUCAACCAUGCCUAUCACCUGCUGACAACGCGGCUCAAUGAGGAGCACGCCGAGAUACGCUUCUCGGCUUUUCAGAUCGUGCAGGAGUUGUUCACCCAAUCCCAUAAAUUCCGGACGCUGAUUAUUUCCAACUUCCAAGAGUUCUUGGAGCUGACGGUGGGGAUAGACCAUGAGCAGCCUCUUCCCCCGCCCAAAGAAGUGGCACAGAAACUGAGGAAGGCAGCCAUUCAGUCAGUGCAAGACUGGCAUGAGAAAUAUGGAGAGGCCUACAAGAAGCUUUCUCUAGGAUACCACUUCUUAAAGCACAAUAAGAAGGUGGAUUUUCAAGAUGUGCAUGCCCGAACAGUGGCUGAAAGGAGGAGGGAAGAGGAGAAGCAAAAACGACUGGAUAACAUUUACAAAGAAAAAGCCAAAAGAGCUGAAAAAGAAAUGGAAGAAAUGUCCCAAGAGAUUGCCAACACAUUGACAGAGAUGGAAAACUGUUUCCAGCUUCUGAUGCCAGAUCCUUUUGACUUCACUGUGAAUGACGUGGAACUGGAACCCAACAAACAAACGUCUGCUGUAGAGGAUAGACCUGCAUCCUGCUUGUCCUCCCAGGUGGAAGUUAACCAGUCCUGUUUUGGAUGCAUGGAUGAUGAACAGCCAUGCUGCAGCAAGGACAUUGUUUCUGUUUCUCAGUGUGUUAAAACUGACAAAACCGAAGAGUUAGAUGAGAAACAGGAGAAGGAUGAGCAAAAAGAAUUAGAUGGAGGCACAUGCUCAGAAGUUCAGCCUGGUGACCCUGCUCUCGAUGAUGAUGAUUACCAGACUUUUGUUAGGAACCAUGGGCUUAUUUCACAUAAGUAUACUCUAGACCUUGAAAUCUCCACAGAUAUAAAAGUGCAUGAGAAUGAAGAUAACACUGCCAUAAUAAACAAUGUCAUGGAUGCUUACAAACUUCUCAGAAAUAAGUUCUGGCCUUCCGUGCAGUCCUGGAUUCAGUUAUUUACCAGAGCAGGAAUAAAUGAUGAUCGGCUAAGAUGUGCCAUUGAUCUCAAGAAUAAAUUGGAGACUGCUAUGAAGAAAUACAAGGAAAUGAACAUUUCCUUCAAAGCACGAAAAAGAAAAGGGAUGAAAGCCUCGGAUGACGAUGAUGAUGAUGAUGAGGAUGAAGAUGAAUUUGUGGAGGUCCCUGAGAAGGAAGGUUAUGAGCCCCACAUUCCAGACCACCUGCGUAAGGAAUAUGGGCUAGAGCCCCAGUCACCUCCAAAAGCACCAGUGGGGAAGACAUCAACAAGACCAGCUCCGCUGAGCUCCCGCACCCGGACAAGAGGGAAUGAAGAUGAACUUGAUCCAACCUGUGCAGCUGCCACACUGAAACUUAUUAGAGACAAACUACCAAAGUUACCACCUCCACGUGCCAGUGACUCUGCAACUAGUGAGCCAGCAGCCUUGGAAGAGCCUGACAGUAAGAGAAAAAAACUAGAAGAAAGAGCUAAAGCUCCCUUCAUGCCUUUUGGAUUAGAUCUUCACUACUGGGGACAGGAUCAGCCAAAUGCUGGGAAGAUUCUCAAAUUUGCUUCUGAGCAUCGGUUUUGGGCCCCAAGUGAAGUAGAGGAAGAAGUAGAAAAUAAAGAAAUAAAUGAAAUGUUAAAAACUAGAUAUAUAACCUUUGCUGGCAAGUUUGAACCAGUCAAACAUAAAUGUCGAGCACCAAUGCCCAAUGGAAGUCUGUGUGAAAGACAAGAUCGGAUUAAGUGCCCUUUCCAUGGAAAGAUAAUUCCUCGGGAUGAAUCAGGGAUUCCCAUUAAUGCAGAGGACAGAGCCAGAGAGGAAAAGAUACGUCUUGAGAAGCAAGCAGCUCAGCCAGAUUGGCGAGAUGCAGAAUUCAUGAGAGAGGUUGAAGCAGCUACAGGAGUGGAUCUUGGUUCCUCUAAAAAUAAUGGAAAAGGAGGGAAGAAGAAAGGGAAGAAGAAAAAAUAUCCAAAUCUGACAGACCUGAAGCAGCAGGCUAACACUUCUUAUUCCCGGCUUGAGAAGAAAGUCUUCAAUAAAGGUGCUAUGAAACGUGUGGUGAAAGCAAUGAACCAAGUGGACCAAAGAAAGCAUGAGAAGUUUGCCAACCAGUUUAACUAUGCACUGAAUUAAAUUGUUCAUCUUCUUUGCCCUUCAUUUUGUUGCAAGAGUGCAAUUGCACAAAACCUUUAUCCUAAAUCUUCAUAUUUACACUAAAAUACUGUGCUAGGUGCAUUUUUACUGGGGUAAUUUUUGAAACUGUUUUCAACUUUAACUUAUUUGAUAAUGAACAUUAAUUUGGGCAAAGAUGUUGUGGUAUAGUAUGAAAUGCAUUUAACAAGCUGAUAAUUAUUUAAAAUGUAUAUGAAAUACAGCAUGCUCUGACUUGUACACGCUCUGGGUAAAAUGUUCAGGUUUUGGGGUUUUAUUUCUUCCUAAGGGACUCGUGGAAUUUAUACCUCCUUUGCCAACAUACAUGUUGUAAUUUGCCUCCACUUUCAUGCCUUCAGAAAAAAGAUGCCUUAGAAACCAUUAGACUUCUAGAGAUGACAACACAAAGGGUAUUUGCUCAGCCUACUAUUCUAGAAAAAGCAUACCACAUCAAGCAGCACAGUGGCUCCUGUAGUACUUCUAAAGGCCCCUUGUGUACACAUCAAAAAAAAAAAAAUCCGAAUCAACAGAUACCUUCAGAUAGGAGUAGAGUUUGAUUUCAGCAAACUGAAAUCCAGGAGCUAAUUCAAAUUUGGUAGCUGCGGCACUGGUGGAGAAGCUGAAAUGACAAAGGUCAUCUUGGUCUGCUUCUUGUCUUCCCAAGCUGGUAUCGCAGUAUCUUUCAGACCUCCUUCUGGAAAGCAUGUUGGAAAAGCUUGUAGAGAUACUCAGAAUGUGCUGCAGUUUAACUGAUACCAGAAAGCCCCAGUACAAAGUGAAAGUAGGAGGUUUUAAACAUUAUUCAAGUAGUAUACUCUACUAGUGAACUGCCUGGAUUGAAUCAGUUAAAAUUACAUCAGGCUCAAGCCUGAGAAUGCAUCUAAGGAUCCAGGUACAAACACGAGCAUCUGGACUCUUCUAACUCCAGAGAGUUAACAUAAAUACCGAGAUCAAGCAGCAGGAUCCAAUGUGGUUUGUUGUUAUUGGCUGUGUGCUUAACCAGCUUUGCUUGCUACAGUCCUGUCUUAAGCAAAGUGAACCAAACAUUGACCAGUUGUGCUUUUGCAAGGUUUCAUACAGCUUUAUAGGUGAAGGAAAUCCAGGGUAUCAAGGAGGACAGAGUGUUUGAGAAUCAAUUUCAAAGUGAACUGCAAAAGUCUUUGAUAAAAUGCUGAAUACGAAUUAGAAUGGGUUCUCUACAGCCUUAGCUCAGUUGCUCAGAUGUUGGAGGUGUUUUCUCAUGCAUCAAAAGACUAUAAGAAUGGAAAAAAAAAAUAAAUCUGAACUACUCAGUGUAACUUCUGACCACUGCAGACAAAAGCUAAUUUACAGUUCUGCCACAUACUUUUGACUUGCUUAAAAUCAAGUAUUGCUUAAAAAACAAUUAAUGCUGAAUCUUGAUAGUUUAUCUUGAGAGCUCUGCAGUUUAGAAGACAAUUUCCUCUUCAACACAGUUAUUUAGAAGAUCUGCUUCUAAACUACCAGAAAUAAAAUAAUAAAGAGCCAGAAUUUCAAAAGAUACCUAUUGCACUGAAGAGCAAAGCCAAUUCUACUAUCAGUAGUAAACUUGACAGUGAAGACUUCAGGUGAUACUGUAGACAAGGACAAACCAAGUUCAUCACCUGGUCAGUUGAAUCAACUGCUAAACUGAUUUUAUUUCUGAUUAAGGAUAAAGACACACACAAAAAAAAAAGCAAAACCAACACCACCAGAACACUGCACAUUUGAAUGUAGUGUAGAUCAUUGGAUGCUGCAAUCCCAGAACAGUCUAGAUGAAACUGGUUUGUCUUGGAGAUUAAAAUUCAGAGGAGCUACAAAGGUCAUUGUGACACUAUUCCAGAGAUGCUUGAGCCUGUGCAGACUGAAGGUGUUCAUUUAUAAGUCCUGUUUUCUGUCUUCCAUGUAAAAGGUAUGGCGCUUAUAUCAUGCAUUGGCACUUAACCCUUCUGUGCUGUGAACAUGAGAUGUCAGCACUAGAAAAUUUUCAGCAAACAGUAGGUGCACUUUACCCCAUGCAGUUCCCAUUUGGGGCCUUUAGUGAAAUGAAAAAAAAAAAGUUCAAAACAAAACAAAAACAAACAAACAAACAAACAAACAAACAAACAAAGACCAAGAUUGGAAAGGGAAAUGGUAGAAAUCUGUGAGGAAAAAAAAAAAAGUGUGCUUAGUGUAAAUAUUGCUCCAUUAUGAUGCUACUCAGUCAUAUCAGUUAUAGAAUUAUCAGCUGAAAUUUCCUUCCUGGACCUGAGUGUUCCAAUCCACCAGCUAGACCUGAUCCUAUAGUGUGAUCUAUAUGCUCUCCUCCUUUCUUUAUUAAAAACACGCAUGCAAAAAGGUGUUCUUCUGGAGAGUCUCUUUCACCCAGAAAGAGAAUUUGCAGAAUUAAGGUUUCCUAGCAAGUGGCUUGUGAAUGGCUGAGACAGGGGUGCAUGGACUUUGGACCAUGUUAGUAAUGACAUUUUUAAAGCUCCUCUACUCUUUGCAUUUUUUCUGGUUUUAUUGCAAGAGCGUUCCUUGUCAGGUGGGUAAUAUACCCAGCUGGAUAGGAAUUUUUGCUAAUGAGCAUUCUCAUUAGACCUGAUCAGACAUAAUUCAGAGGAUUUGGAGAGCUUUCUCCUUUUGCUAGGUUUAUCUGUAGUUCUGCUGAGGAAGAUUUUUAAAAAGGCAUCCAUCUCCAACGAUCCAGCAUACCUUCAUUAAAUAGAGAUCCUUUUAAGUUCAAAAUAAAUCAAUCUAGCUUUUAGAUGAGCCACACUUCUCUGUGUGUCAUGUCACAGCAGUUUACAAAUUUGAGGCCUGUGAGCUCACCAGCUUUUCAAACGUCUUCGUUGCUAAACUGUGUGACAUUUCUACUGGAACUUCUCAAUUCCUGUCCUCAGGGCUUCUGGGAACUAAAAAAAAAUUAAAAAUGCAAGUAUCAUUCACAUAA